UACUCUCAGACACAGUAAAAUGCAAGGACCGCCAUCCAGUCAGAUUCUUCUGGAAAACAAACAAUAUCUGCUUCUUAUCAUUACGAGCACCUGCCAGUGAAGCUACAAGUAUCGGUUUAUACCCCGGAUCUGCAAUCUUUGAAAUAUGGAGACGAUUCUUGGUCAGUCGUGGAGUUGAGCAAAACCAUCAUUGGUGUGAGACAGUCAGCCUCAGAUAUUUACAGCCCCUCUCUCAGAUCGACACAAACCCAGCUGUAAACUCAUGGAGGGUCCUGUACUGACAGAAAGUGAAGUUUGGAAAGUUGGUUCAGGGACCAGCACAACUAUAAACACAAGUGACCGAAGUAUUGACUUUUCACCUCUUAUAAACGUCAGCAUGCCGGAUGAAGUGCCUGAGAGUCCAGAAACGCCAGUCCAAGAGGAGAUCGAGGCACAUACGGAUUCAGAGGUUACACCAGAUCAGAUCAAGUCUAUAAUUUCACACGAGCUACGAUUAGAAGAGGAUUUAUCUUCAAUUCAACCAGCAGUCAGGGGUGAUGAGCCGUCUGAACCAUCGGAUACCAGCCUGACACCUGACCAACCAGACAUCAACAAGGAGAUUAACCAAGAGAUCACCAUACUGGUGACCAGUCAUGAUUGUAUUUUGGAGGACGAUGAGAAUGAAGAUUUUGAGGAGCAGAAGAUCAUUGACGGUCGAGGAUCAUUUGAGGAUGAACGUGAAGGUGGUUCCAUCGUCGUGACGAACGUGAUAGAGGUCAGUCAGGUCCAGAUAACCAGCGUGACAAGCAAUAUAUCAACCGAGGAAAAUAUUAUUGUAGAGGAACCCAAACUGCCUGGAGAUCAAGAGGAAAAUAAGGAGAAAACGAGAGAAGGCAGCGGUGAGACAGAAUCUGAAAAAGGCCAACAUGAACACAAACAAAGUGCAGAUUCGUAUGACGCACAAAACAUGGACGCAAGCAAAACACGUAUUGCCGAAACCAGACCUUCAAUAGAAGUGUGUGGUGUGAAAGAUCAAACCACACAACCUGAAAGUGAAGAAGUAAACAUAAAAUUGAAGAAAACAGAAUCUACAGAAUCCAAGGAUGCUAGCCGGCUCACUCAGGACACACUUACUUUAACUCGGUCGCCCGGACGCCAACAGCACGUGCAAACCCAAGUCAGUCUGGAGGUGAUGUAUCAGUCUGUGGCCACCAGCCCUAUGACACCUCAAGAGGGUUCUUCUGCAUUUCUUUUCCCAAGCUCUUUUGGGAAGUUGGCCACCAAGUGUAGCACCGAGAAGGCCCUGACCAUCGAAACCAAAGAUGUCGAGAUGCAGGUGGGCAUGCAGGUGGAGUCUAGAUCAGUCGCCACAGCUCCGAUGACCCCUAUCAUCCUGACCGCACCUGAGGUCAUUCCCGAGCCGGAACCACGGUUAGGGACGACGGCAGAGGAAACGGUAGAACCUUUGCAGGAGGUGAGCUGGGAUGAGAAGGGAAUGACUUGGGAAGUGUAUGGUGCGGUGGUUGAGGUGGCGGUGCUGGGAACAGCCAUCCAGAAACAUCUGGAGAAACAGGUCAUGAAACAGAAUAAACAACCUUCGAUGCUCACCGUGACAGAUGCUCCUCAAACAGAUCAGACAGAAACGCCCAUUCCCGUCCCGUCCAGUCCUCCACCUGUAUCAGAUCCCGGCGAAUGCAGCCUAGUCGCAGAACAGAGUACGACGGUCGAGGAAAAGGAAGUGAAGAAGGGCAGACGUCGACAGAAUCCGUUUCGCAAAUGGUGCAGAAAUGUCAGAUUGCCGAGCUGUUGUUCAAGGCCACGUCAAGAUGAGGAAAACUGAGCUGAACUUUGGCUUCAAUGAUGGCCGUUCUGCAUUUGUAAUGACUAAUCUGGACAUUAUAUGAAUAAUCAUCAAUCAAGCUUUUUUUGCUGAGUAUUUUGCUUUUGUCAAGGCGUGCUAACAUUACCCAGAUGUUGUUGUGGUCAAUAAGGAUCACUUUUCAAAUGCCCUUUUAUAUCACUUGGUAAAUGUACCUUUAAAAAAAUUCUUAUUAGUAAAUAUAACAUUUCCUAGGAAUAUUUAAAGAGUUUGAAGACUUUCCCUUUAAUUACUCAUCCUUAUGUCGUGCACAAAUUUUUGUUUGCAGGGUUCGGAGUGUCAUGUGUGUUGCUCAUGUUUUCAAAAUAUGUGGUUGUUGCGUCAUGUGAACCAUGUGCAUCACGUGUUUUGUCAAAAUAAGUGCCUGCUGCACACGCGUCAAACCAGUUUAUGGCAAGUGUGCUGCACAAGCCCUGAAAAGUGAAGCCAAAAUGUCUCGAUCGCCCCCCAGUGACUGGUCCCAGUAUAGGUCAUAAACCCCACCUCCCCCAUGUUAUUCAACGGGACUUGAGACCAACUAAACAAUUUAAUUACACUUCAAUUAUCUUUUUUCCGAAGCGGGUUUCUGUCAUUUGCUGUAGUUUUUAUCAUGCUGAUGUAAAUUCAAGUGUUUGUUUUUAAAAUAAGUUUGUUUUUAGUUAGUUAUUUAAUGCUAUAAAAAACUGUGGUGCCACGUCAUGAUUGACAGCUGUGAUCUGCGCAUUCAGCGAGGGCGGGGCCUUGAUUUCGUGGCUUUACUUCCUGCUCACUAUUGUGCAGGACUGGUCCCGAAAUGGCUACUGCGCAGACACAAGACCCAAGAUGUCGAGCCCGGUUGCAUAAAGCACCUUAAGUGUAAUUUUCCCUUAAGUUCACCCUUAUGUUUCCCUUAAAAUUAAGGGUGUUGCAGAAAAACCCUUAAGUUUUUUCUGUUGCGUCUCCAUGGCAACAAUAGUAUUUUAUAACAACAAACCUGGGUUGCUGUCAUGAAACACUUAACGAUUACCCUUACCUAAGAGAAGCAUUUAAGGGAUUAUAUGCAAAACUCUUUAAUUAUUCUCUUACAGUAGUUAAGGGGAAUUUACCCCUUAAGUGUCAUACUUAAGGGAAAAACUUAAGGUGCUUUAUGCAACCGGGCCCAGAGCCUUAUCAGGACAUGGGUGGCUUCACUUUUCACCAAUGGAAGAGAGCGAACGGGCGUUGUCCAUCUUUUUUUACAGUCUAUGGUUUAUGAUAAAAGAGACGCGUCUUUUUUAUCAUAAACCCUUUAGACCCUGCUGAAAAAACAGCAUCAAACCAGCAUGGGAAUUAUGCUGGCCUAUGCUGGGGAUCACCAGCAUACCAGCACCAAAACACAUCAUUAUGCUGGUCUUGCUGGUAUGACCAGCAUGGGAUGCUGGUGUGACCAGCUUGGGAUGCUGGUGCUAGUGCUGGUUUGGUGCUGGUUUAGCUGGUGCUGAUGCUAAUGCUGGUUUGCGCUGGUUUAGCUGGUGUUCACUAGCAAACCAGCACCAAAACCCAACAUAUGCUGGUCUUGCUGGUAUGCUGUUUUUUUCAGCAGGGGACACGUCUGCAGCAGGCACUUAUUUUGACAAAACACAUGAUGCACAUAGGUUCACUCAACACGCCAAACACAUAUUUUGAAAUGACGAACCACACAAAUGACGGCUUACAUACAUGUUGUGACAAACUUCGCAUUGUGCGCCAUCAAACAAGAAGUCACAGGCCCCCAAUGCUUUGAUGUCAUCUGCCUGCCAGUUCUGGCUGAUCCGCAUCAGUCAAGCCUAAUUUUUUUGCUAAUGAAGUCAUGCUUGUGUUAAAGUCGAAAUUUUAUUAAAAUUUUAUGUAAUUUGUUUAGCUUUUUUUUUUUUUUACAAAUGACAUAUCGUGAGGUUCAUAAUUUUUUUUAAAGUAAUGUGUCUUCAUAAUCCUUAAUCAAAAACGCAAAUCUCCUUGAAACGAUCUCUUUUUACUUCCGGUCAUAUGGUACGGCAGGUGGGCGGAGUCCUGGAAAAGAUCGCAGCGAUUAGCAAUUAGCAACAUGACCCAACUUGGGUGUACGAAUUCAAUUUCAUCUCAGAUGCAAUUUCACCACGUGGAAAAUAAGACAAUAGCUACUUCCGUUUAAUGGCGACUUUUAAACUUUUGUAAGUCGUGCAUUUGCCAUAGAUAUGUGUAUACAUAGAUGUCCCAUUCGACUGCUGCAUAGAUGCGAGCCCUUAAUGGGACAUCUAUGUGUUUGAAUACAUCUAUGGCUGUCGGUUAACGCACACGCGCCUGCUGCUUUCCUCAAAACGCGCCUUUUUGAGUCCAAACAAAAUAGCGUCUAUGGUGGUGAGAAAGCUCUCGGAUUUCAUCAUACAUAUGUUAAUUUUCGUUCCGAAGAUGAACAAAGUUGUUGGCCGACAUGAGGGUGAGUAAAGACAAAAUUUCAUUUCUGGGCUGAAGUAAAGCAGUUAAAACACUAGUGACAGUACCAGGUACUGUGAUGUGUAUGUAGGGAAACCCUAGAAUUUUCUGAUCAUUAGGCAUAAAAAAGUGAUGUUGUGAAAUAGUAAAAUGUUUGGUGUUUUUUAGGGUUUUAAACCCUGUUUUUCUAUUGGCUUUUGUAUAAUUGUGUAAGUCACGGACGUAACCACAUCUUUGACAUUGGGGGGAUCAAAACAUUCAGGGCUAUAUAUAUGUAUAUUAAAAAUAUAUAAGUUUUUGAUUAAUAGAGUGGAACAUGUUGUCCCCCCAAUGUCUAUAUUAUGAUUACGGCCAUGGUGUAAGUCAAGUUUUAGUGGAUUUGUCUGGUAUUUGCAGUUAAGCUCAGCACACCCAUAAUGAACUCCUCACGUCCACUGUGGUGGUUU